AUGGCUGCUGAAGACGAAUUCGACCCUUCGGAGGUCUUCUCAUCCCCCAUCAAACCCUCAGAUCUUGGCAGACCAAAAACGCCCAAAACACCAAAGACCCCCAAGACCCCCACACCUAGCAGCCAUCAAGAAAAGGAGCCCUUCGAUGCCGACGAGCUCCGGGAGACCCAGCUCCGGCGGGAGCUCGAGGGCGUCCGCAACAUCAACGAGGUGAUCGAGGGUGUCAUAGGGACACUCGAACGGGCCAAGGGAAACAUGGGAAACGUCUCCCAGACCGUCAACAACGCCUCCACCCUCCUCAACACCUGGACCCGCAUGCUCUCGCAGACAGAGCACAACCAGCGGCUCAUCCUCAACCCCGACUGGAAGGGCUCGACCCAGGACAUGCAGGACAUCGAGGCUGAGGCAAUUGCGCGCCAGCAGGCCGCCGAGCGCAGGGCCGCCGAAGAGGAGCGCCGACGUGAGGAGAUCCGGCGCAAGGCCGAGGAGCAGGACAGGGCCCGUAUGGCCGGCACAGGCUCUGCUGCUGGCCGGGGCUCCGGCACCAGGGGCGUGAGGGGCAGCACGCGGGGACGAGGCAUCCUGAGAGGCGGCACGGGUGCGGGAUCCAGCACAGGUGGAUAUGGCGGCACCAGUUCACGGGCCGGGUCGCAAAUAGGGAGGGGCUUUGGGGCAUCACGGACGACACGAGGGACGAGGGGUACAGGCACAGGCACAGGUAGCAGCAGAGGCGUGCGAUGA